UUGAGACGGCGCUUCUCAUUGGAUACAGUGGACCUGCAAUAUUUUGCUCAUUGUACGGGAGCCCAGGAUUGGCUACGUUGGAUCUGCAAUGCGUCAAGCAAUGGCGCCUAAUAUUACCCGAGUGGUUUAGGAAAACGGUAUGGCCGGACAGUCUACUUUGUAUCACAGAUCAUUUUGUAAUACUAUAAUUAUUGCUGUCGACAAGACGUUUUUUUCAGUCUGUCUAGUUCCUCAAAAUCAUACAUCCUCAUCUGGCAGGGGCUCGAUUCGUUUUUUGGGAGGAAUGGUGGUGAUCGGAGAUUGGUCACCGCAAGCAUACACGGAACUAUUUACUUUUAGUCGCGGAAUUGAAAAUGACAGGUGUAUCAAUGAGGGAAUAUAUAAUUAAAAUAUUAGAAAUCCUGUGCUGAUUGAGUCUAUUUUGUGAAUUAAACUACUGCAUUCAAACUAAGAUUUACUUUUAGGCAAUAAUCUCGCAGUCUGCAACAAUUAAUAUGUCCCAGGCAUAUUCACGGUUUAAUCAGUCUAUGGAAGUGAGUUUGUGUGCUCAUGCUCAAGAAUAAAUAAGCCAAACUAAAUCAUACAAUUUGCAUUCAAGAGAACAGGAUUUUAGCAGCCUAAAAUUAUGCGAUUCCUAAAAUUCUACCUCUCCAACAAACCACAGGCGCGUUCGAGAUGACGUCAUAUUAAUGCGACUGUUUACACGCAGAGGCUAUCAACAUGGCACUAUUUCCAGCUUUUGCAGGAUUAUCAAAUACAAAAGCUGAGAAUGCACCUAAAGAACUAGAAUGGCUGAGCAAUCAAAGUUUCCGCACUGACGACGCUCUCUCUCUUCACCAACGAGCCACUGAGAAAGCCAACGAAACACAAUCGGCAGAAACAAGACUCGUUAUACCAGAGAGGGAGGAUAAGAAUGACGUCCAAUCCAACAAGAAGAAAAAGAAGAAGAAGAAGAAAAAGAAGAAGCACAAGAAGAAGAGUGGAGAACCCUCUACAGCAAGCAGUGGCUCAGAUUCAGAUACUAUCUACCCCAGUGACCUCCUAAAAAAGGCUGAGAGCACUCCUCCCAGUGAGGAGGCGCAGUUUCAGGUGGAGGGGUCUUUUAUGUGGUUGGAUGACCUCCAGACCCCCACCGAUCGGCCCUUUUGCGUGGACAGGAGAGCAGACCGUGCCAACUGGGAGUACAAAUCACUUUACAGAGGAGAUAUCGCUAGGUACAAAAGGAAAGGCUCUUCCUCUCUGGGUUUGGACCUACGGUCUCAGGCCGUGAGCUGGGCUGAGUCUGGCUCAGAGAAGAAGAGAGUGGACAGGAGACAGAGACCCAACCGCUACUUUUCCCCCACCAACCGCCAGCUGCUGAUGUCUGAUGGCAAACCCACGCUGCCCAGACCUCCACAAGAGUGCACCACCACCACCUUACCCUUCAUCCCUGUGCCCUCCUGUCUGGAAGGUGAGGCAGAGGGGGGUGCCUCUGCCAAAGGCCAGGGCUCCUGGAUCAACCCCCUGGGGGUGUAUGACUCCUCCACCUCCCUGUGGCUCCAGGGGAAGGGAAAGGCAGAGCAUGGCAAGGCAGAGGAACAACCUUCUACUCCCAGGGACAAUGCUGCCGUCAUGCUGGCUGAACGGGUGGAGGACUUCAACAGGAGGCUGAGGGAAACCCCCACAGACACACACACCUGGCUUCAGUUUGUCCUCUUCCAGGACGAGGUAGCUGGGGCGCCUGGGGUGUUUGGUGACAUCUCUGAGAACGAGAACGAGCGGCGGAAGAGGUCAGUGCGGGCGACGCUAGAGAAGAAGGUAGCCAUUUUGGAUCGAGCAGUGGAGAAUAACCCGAGCUGCGUGGAACUGAAGCUUGAGCGACUGCGGCUCUGUAGGGAGCUGUGGGAGCCGGCAGCCCUGCUGAAGGAGUGGAAAAAGCUGGUGUUCCUGCACCCCAACAGCGCCCCCCUGUGGAGGAAGUACCUGCUGUUCAUGCAGAGCCACUUCAGUACCUUCUCCGUGUCAAAGGUCAAUACGGUAUACGGGAAGUGUCUGAGCACUCUGGCGGCGGUGCAGGAUGGGAGCAUGGUUUCUCACCAGGUGCUGCCGGGCACUGAUGAACACAUGCUGGCCAUCUUCCUCCAGCAGUGUCAUUUCCUCAGGCAGGCUGGCCACUCAGAGAAAGCUGUGUGUCUGUUCCAGGGCCUACUAGACUUCACCUUCUUCAAGCCAGACACUGUCAAGGACCUACCCACCAGACAACAGGUGGAGUUCUUUGAGCCAUUCUGGGACAGUGGGGAGCCCCGUGUCGGGGAGAGAGGGGCCAGGGGAUGGAGAGCCUGGAUGACCCAGCAGGAGAGAGGGGGCUGGCUCCAACCCAGUGAACAAGAUGAUGGAGAUGAAGAAGAUCAGGAGGAAUUGGAGGUGAAGGAUAAAACCUGGCCCAAGUGGAGGAUCUGGUUGGAUGUGGAGACGUCACGUGAGGCCAUCCAUUGGCUGCCGUGGAGGCCGGACAAAACCAAGGGCCAAUCGGUGGAGGACUGUGAGGACCCGGACCGACAGGUGCUGUUUGAUGACAUUGGGCCGUCUAUGAUCCGGCUUGUCCGCCCAGAACUCCAGCUAUGUCUUCUUCUGUCCUUCCUGCACUUCCUGGGUCUGCCUGCUGACACUUCGUGUUACAGCGCCCCCUCCUGUAGCCUGCUGCUGGAUGAUCAGGAUCUACUGGGGGACGUUCACCACCCUGACUCACCACUGACCUCCUAUGCCCUCCCUGUUCCUGGGGUCAGCCCCGUGGGUCACAUGACCUCCCUGCAGGGGGCCAGGAGGGGGGUGGGGCUGUGUAAGCAGGGAGAGGAGUUUGUAGACAACGUGUUCCAGAUGGUUCUGCCUCUGUUCUCUGCUCAGGAGAGAGCUGUCCUCUCACUACACUGGAUCCAGUAUGAGAAGCUCAAGGUGCUGAGGUGCGCGCGCGGCAGGAACAAGAAGCGUGUGAAAUCCCAGGGGAAGAGGAGCAAGCGCCUGGCCAAGCGCCUGCUGAAGGAGCCAGAGAACCGGGGCCGCCUCAGCCUGUGGAGGGAGUACGCCCACUUGGAGUGGCUGCUAGGGAAUUUGGACGAAGCCCACAAGGUGUUUGACACAGCCCUGGGACUGGGCGUGGCAGGAGGGCUGGCAGACCCUGCCCUGUGUGACCUCUGCCUGCUCUACGCCCAGCUGGAGGUGGAGGAGGCCGGGCGAAGGGAUACGGGCGGGGCAGGGACGAUUGUUAGGACCGCCAUGUCUUCACCAGCGGUCUAUAUCCUCACCAAGCUAGCAGAGGGUAGUUCGUAUGCCCCCUUCUUGGGACAGUUGGCUCCAGUGGCCGUGCUGAAGGCCAGGAAGGCCUAUGAGCAGGCUGUGGUGAGCUCCCUGCCUGGGCUGGAGGAGGGGGCUGCGGGGCAGGGGCAAUCCAAGAACUCCAGGCGGGUCAAAGGUCUGGUGGGGUGUUACGCCCUAUUCCAGUACCUGACUGUGGGGGUCGAUGCUGCUGAUGCUGUCUACAACCUGGCCAGGAAGAGGCUGGAGCAACACUCCAGUCUGUCAGCCCAGGAGUCAGCUAGCAGUGAAGUUAUGUGUGACAUACAGACACUGAGCUCUGUCUCAGAGUGUGAGGCCCUGGCUGUCCAGCAGGUGGCGCUGCUGCGCUACCACACCAGCACCAACGUGUACCCACUUAGCCAUAUCAGACUGGCGCUGACCUCGGCCCUGGCCCACUUUGCCUCCAGCACUUCUCUGUGGCAGUUGUAUGUGCAGGUGGAGAACCGCUACCACAGCGCCGGCAGGGCUCGCCGCUUCUUCCACAGCGUGACCAAGGCUAGUGCCAGUGUCGUGCCACGCCUGUUCGCCAUCAGCGCAGAGCAGCAAAGGAAGCAGCUAGUGGACUCUGUUCAGAGGUCUGGUUGUUAUGGCGACACCCUCUCCACCCUGCCAGAGAACGGCCUGAGCAAUCGUAUCCGCACGCUGUUUGAGAAUGCCAUAGCAACAGAGCACGGGGUCCACUGUCCGUUGCUGUGGAGGAUGUACAUGAACUUCCUGGUGUCAGAGGGGAAGGUGGAGAAGGGAAGAGGGAUCUUCUACAAGGCUCUACAGGACGUCCCAUGGGCCAAGGGUUUAUACAUGGACGCGGUGCAACUCUUCCCUGAGCACGUGCAGGAGUUCCUGGACCUGAUGACAGAGAAGGAGCUCAGACUGAGGGUUCCCAUGGAGGAGGUGGACAUACUGCUGGAGGACUGAGGUUCUAAAACCCUUCCCACCGUGGGCCUGGCUUCUUCAGACACUCCACUGUGGAUACCCGAAGUUGUGCACUGACCAAUAGAACAACCAAGUGUCCUCAUGAAGAAGACCAUUUUACUUUUCAAACAGACGUGUGAAUAAAUGAUGUUACACUUAUUAGUGUUAAUUCAAUAUUUUGAUGGAUUGCAAAUCCAUAUUUUUAUAUUUCCAGCUUUUUAUGGAUUCUUAAUCCAUAUUUUGAUGGAUAUAAUAUCCUAUUUUUAUGUCAAAGAUUUGUUUUGAAACAUAUAUUUUUUGAAUGGACUGAAAUAAACCUUACUGGCCUAUCAACAAGAAUGAGCUCUGAGCUUUCAGCCAAUGUGAACCCUGAGGGAUGCUUGUGUGCAUUUCCUGCGUGGAUAACGACAUCAUCACAGCUUAACAGUGUGGAAAGGAGCACACCUGAGUGUACACUUCAGAGCCGGGAAGAAGAGAGGAAACACACGAGGGUAGAGGAGCUUUGUAUAGUCUUUUUAAUGAUUGUCCUUCAGAGUAGUAGAGCAUCUACUCUGGCUGUCUCGGGUGAGUGAUGCUUCUGAUGACCUUUAACCUAUGAUGAUGUUCCUCUGUCAGUUUACUGGAUUGGCCUCUAUCUACUACAUACUACUCAGGCUAUGAUGUAAUAUUUCAUUAGUGAAAUAUACAACGCCUUCGGAAAGUAUUAAGACCCCUCGAAAUUUUCCACAUUUUGUUCGGUUACAGUCUUAUUCUAAAAUUGAUUGAAUAGUUUUUUUCCCUCAUCAAUUUACACACAAUAUCCCAUAAUGACAAAGCAAAAACAGGCUUUUAUACAUUUUGGCAUAUAAAAAACUGAAAUUACAUUUACAUAAGUAUUCAGACCCUUUACUCAGUACUUUGUUGACUGCAAUUACAGCCUCAAGUCUUCUUAGGUAUGACGCUACAAGCUUGGCACAUCCUGUAUUUGGGGAGUUUCUCCCAUUCUUCUCUGCAGAUCCUCUCAAGCUCUGUCCGGUUGGAUGGGGAGUGUUGCUGCACAGCUAUUUUCAGGUCUCUCCAGAGAUGUUCGAUCGUGUUCAAGUACAGGCUCUGGCUGGGCCACUCAAGGGACUUCAGAGACUUGUCCCGAAGCCACUCCUGCAUUGGCUGUGUGCUUAGGGUCGUUGUCUUGUUGGAAGGUGAACCUUCGCCCCAGUCUGAGGUCCUGAGCAGGUUUUCAUCAAGGAGCUCUGUGCUUUGUUCCGUUCAUCUUUGCCUCCAUCUUGACUUGUCUCCCAGUCCCUGCCGCUGAAAAACAUCCCCACAGUAUGAUGCUGCCACAACCAUGCUACACCGUAGGGAUGGUGCCAGGUUACUCCAGAACUGACGCUUGGCAUUCAGGCCAAAGAGUUCAAUCUUGGUUUCAUCAGACCAGAGAAUCUUGUUUCUCAUGGUCUGAGAGUCCUUUAGAUGCCUUUUGGCAAACUCCAAGCGGGCUGUUAUGUGCCUUUUACUGAGGAGUGGCUUCCGUCUGGCCACUACCAUAAAGGCCUGAUUGGUAGAGUGCUGCAGAGACGGUUGUCCUCCUGUAAGGUACUCUCAUCUCCACAGAGGAACACUGGUGCUCUGUCCGAGUGACCAUCGGGUUCUUGGUCCCCUCUCUGACCAAGGCCCUUCUUCCCCGACUGCUGAGUUUGGCCGGGCAGCCAGCUCUCGGGAAGAGUCUUGGUGGUUCCAAACUUCUUCCAUUUAAGAAUGAUGGAGGCCACUGUGUUCUUGGGAACCUUCAAUACUGCACAAUCUUGUCUUGGAACUCUACGGACAAUUCCUUCAACCUCAUUGCUUGGUUUUGGCUCUGACGUGCACUGUCAACUGUGGAACCUUAUAUAGACCGGCUGUGUGCCUUUCCAAAUCAUGUCCAAUCAAUUGAAUUUACCACAGGUGCAAUCCAAGUUGUAGAAACAUCUCAAGGAUGAUCAAUGGAAACAGGACGCACCUGAGCUCAUUUUCGAAUCUCAUAGCAAAGGGUCUGAAUACUUACAGUACCAGUCAAAAGUUUUAGAAAACAUACUCAUUCAAGGGUUUUUCUUUCAUUUUUACUAUUUUCUACAUUGUAGAAUAAUAGUGAAGACAUAACUAUGAAAUAACAUAUGGAAUCAUGUAGUUACCAAAAACGUAUUAAACAUAUUUUAUAUUUGAGAUUCUUUAAAAUAGCCACCCUUUGCCUUGAUGACAGCUUUGCACACACUUGGCAAUCUCUCAACCAGCUUCACCUGGAAUCUUGAACAGUCUUGAAAGAGUUCCCACAUAUGGUAAGCACUUGUUGGCUGCUUUUCCUUCACUCUGCGUUCAAACACAUCCCAAACCAUCUCAAUUGGGUUGAGGUCGGGUAAUUGUGGAGGCCAGGUCAUCUGAUGCAUCACUCUCCUUAUUGAUCAAAUAGCCCUUACACAGCCUGGAGGUGUGUUGGGUCAUUAUCCUGUUGAAAAUCAAAUGAUAGUCCCACGAAGCGCCAAACAGAUGGGAUGGCGUAUUGCUGCAGAAUGCUGUGGUAGCCAUGCUGGUUAAGUGUGCGUUUAAUUAUAAAUAAAUCACAGACAGUGUCACAAGCAAAGCACAAUCACACCUCCUCUUCAAUGCUUCAUGGUGGGAACCACACAUGCGGAGAUCAUCCGUUCACCAACUCUGCGUCUCACAAUGACAUGGCGGUUGGAACAAAAUCUCAAAUUUGGACUCAUUAGACCAAAGGACAGAUUUUCACCGGUCUAAUGUCCAUUGCUCAUGUUUCUAGGCCCAAGCAAGUCUCUUCUUAUUAUUGGUGUCCUUUAGUAGUGGUUUCCUUGCAGCAAUUUUACCAUGAAGGCCUGAUUCACAGUCUCCUCUGAACAGUUGAUGUUGAGAUGUGUCUGUUACUUGAACUCUGUGAAGCAUUUAUUUGGGCUGCAAUUUCUGAGGCCGGUAACUCUAAUGAACUUAUCCUCUGCAGUAGUGGUAACUCUGGAUCUUCCUUUCCUGUGGCGGUCAUCAUGAGAGCCAGUUUCAUCAUAACGCUUGAUGGUUUUGCGAUUGCACUUGAAACUUUCAAAGUUUUUGAAAUUUUCUGUAUUGACUGACCUUCAUGUCUUAAAGUAAUGAUGGACUGUCAUUUCUCUUUGCUAAUUUGCACUGUUCUUGCCAUAAUCAUUUUACCAAAUAUGGCUGUCUUCUGUAUACCCCCCCCCCCCCUACCUUGUCACAACACAACCGAUUGGCUAAAACGCAUUAAGAAGGAAAGAAACUCCACAAAUUUACUUUUAAGAAGGCACACCUGUUAAUUGAACUACAUUCCAGGUGACUACGUCAUGAAGCUGGUUGAGAGAAUGCCAAGAGUUUGGAAAGCUGUCAUCAAGGCAAAGGGUGGGUACUUUGAAGAAUCUAAAAUAUUUAGAUUUGUUUAACACUUUAUUGGUUACUACAGUUGAAGUCGGAAGUUUACAUACACCGUAGCCAAAUAUAUUUAAACUCAGUUUUUCAAAAUUCCUGACAUUUAAUCCUAGUAAACAUUCCCUGUCUUAGGUCAGUUAGGAUCACCACUUUAUUUUAAGAAUGUGAAAUGUCAGAAUAAUAGUAGAGUGAAUGAUUUAUUUCAGCUUUUAUUUCUUUCAUCACAUUCCCAGUGCGUCAGAAGUUUACAUACACUCAAUUAGUAUUUGGUAGCAUUGCCUUUAAAUUGUUUAACUUGGGUCAAACGUUUUAUGUAGCCUUCCACAAGCUUCCCACAAAAAGUUGGGUGAAUUUUGGCCCAUUCCUCCUGACAGAGCUGAUCUGAGUCAGGUUUGUAGGCCACCUUGCUCACAAACACUUUUUCAGUUCUGCCCACACAUUUUCUAUAGGAUUGAGGUCAGGGCUUUGUGAUGGCCACUCCAAUACCUUGACAUUGUUGUCCUUAAGCCAUUUUGCCACAACUUUGGAAGUAUGCUUGGGGUCAUUGUCCAUUUGGAAGACCCAUUUGCAACCAAGCUUUAACUUCCUGACUGAUGUUUUGAGAUGUUGCUUCAAUAUAUCCACAUAAUUGUCCCUCUUUCAUGAUGCCAUAUAUUUUGUGAAGUACACCAGUCCCUCCUGCAGCAAAGCAGCCCCGUGCUUCACGGUUGGGAUAAUGUUCUUCGACUUGCAAGUUUCCCCUUUUUCCUCCAAACAUAACGAUGGUCAUUAUGACCAAACAGUUCCAUUUUUGUUUCAUCAGACCAGAGGACGUUUCUCCAAAAUGUCCAAUCUUUGUCCCCAUGUGCAGUUGCAAACCGUAGGCUUUUUUAUGGUGGUUUUGGAGCAGUGGCUUCUUCCUUGCUGAGCGGCCUUUCAGGUUAUGUCGAUAUAGGACUCGUUUUACUGUGGAUAUAGAUACUUUUGUACCUGUUUCCUCCAGCAUCUUCACAAGGUCAUUUGCUGUUGUUCUGGGAUUGAUUUGCAGUUUUCGCACCAAAGUACGUUCAUCUCUAGGAGACAGAACACGUCUCCUUCCUGAGCGGUAUGACAGCUGCGUGGUCCCAUGUUUAUACUUGCGUACUAUUGUUUGUACAGAUGAACUUGGUACAUUCAGGCGUUUGGAAAUUGUUCCCAAGGACGAACCAGACUUGUGGAGGUCUACAAUGUUUUGAGGUCUUGGCUGAUUUCCCAUGAUGUCAAGCAAAGAGGCACGGAGUUUGAAGGUAGGCCUUGAAAUACAUCCACAGGUACACCUCCAAUUGACUCAAAUUAUGUCAAUUAGCCUAUCAGAAGCUUCUAAAGCCAUGACAUCAUUUUCUGGAAUUUUCUAAGCUGUUUAAAGGCACAGUCAACUUAGUCUAUGUUAACUUCUGACCCACUGGAAUUGUGAUACAGUGAAUUAUAAGUGAAAUAAUCUGUCUGUAAACAAUUGUUGGAAAAAUGACUUGUGUCAUGCACAAAGUCGAUGUCCUAACCGACUUGCCAAAACUAUUGUUUGUUAACAAGAAAUGUGUGGAGUGGUUGAAAAACAAGUUUUAAUGGCUCCAACCUAAGUGUUUGUAAACUUACGACUUCAACUGUACAUGAUUCCAUCUGUUAAUUCAUGGUUUGAUGUCUUCGCUAUUAUUCUACAAUGUAGAAAAUAGUACAAAUAAAGAGAAACCCAUGAAUGAG